UUUUAGCCAUGAAGUACAUGUAUGUUCUUAUUUUUUAGGCAUUUGGGCCAAUGGAGUUUAGGCAAUCCUCUUACGGGCCUUUAACAGCGCAGCUGCAGCACACCGUGCAAGGCCUCAGAGACACCCUCUACUCUGCUAUCAGUGACAUAAAGUCACUGAAAGAGGAAAACAAGGCUCUGAAGGAACAACUUGACCUUGUGGAAAAUGGACGGAGGGAGAAGGAGAGCCAGCUCCGUGAGGAGCUCAGACAAAAAGAUGAGCUCCUCAAAAGACUCACAAAGAAGAGACAGGCUCGCACCAAAGCUCAUGUAGACUGCCUGGUCCUCCUCAAUCAAAAAGACAGAGAGCUACAGAAGAUUGAGGAAGAGUGGAAGACCAGGUAUGAAGCACUGGAGGCCAGCCUGCAACAGGAGCUGGCUCGGAGGGAGGAAAGCUGGAGUAGGAAAGUGCAGGAGGAGGAGAAUGAGAAGAACCUGCACUACACUCAGCAGCUUUCCAGCAAUACAGUGGAACAGGAGGAGAACAAGAUUCAUGGAGGAAAGGAGGAGAAGGAGAUUAAAAACAAGCAGGAGGAGAACAGGAUUCAUAAGGAAGAAAAUAUGAAGAACAAAGAAAAUGAGAGGGUGGAGGAGGAGGCAAAGAGGAGUGAAGAUAAACAAAUGAACGAGAAAAUAGAGAAGAGGUCAAGGAAGAAGAGGGGGAAGAAAAAGAAGAACAGGGGUUAGCUA